UAGGGGUUCUGUCUAGCGGGUUAGCAAAGAGUAGCAGCAGUCGCUCUGCAGAAGAAAUCGGGAUUUGAAAGGGUGCGUUUAUUGUAUAACUUCAUAGUUAUCGACGGGGCUGAACAGUUCAGGGAUCAUGGAGGCCACAAGAAGACGUGCACAGAACAGAACCAACGGAAAAGCAUCUGAUUCCACAGAGAAGUCAGCACAGUGGGGGAGAGCAUGGGAGGUGGACUGGUUUUCUCUGCUUGGUGUCAUUGGCCUCCUCUGCUCUGCCCCCUUCAUUGUCUUCUACUUUAUGAUGGCCUGUGAUCAGUAUCAGUGCUCCAUCAGCCAGCCCCUGUUAGCGCUGUACCAAGGAGAGACGACACUGCUCUCCAUCUGGGCCCGGGCCCCCUCCUUUUUAUGGUCAGCUGCUAAAAUAUAUGCCAUCUGGGUGAGCUUUCAGGUGUUCCUCUAYGUUUGUGUUCCUGAUGUUGUUCACAAGUUCAUUCCUGGUUAUGUUGGUGGAGUGCAGGAYGGAGCACUGACUCCUGCUGGUCUUAUUAACAAGUAUGAGAUCAACGGGCUGCAGUGUUGGCUGAUAACUCAUGCUCUGUGGUUUGCCAAUGCCCAUUAUUUCCACUGGUUUUCUCCCACUAUCAUCUUCGACAACUGGAUCCCCCUGAUGUGGUGCACCAAUAUUCUAGGCUAUGCUGUAGCCACCUUUGCUUUCAUAAAGGCUUACCUUUUCCCCACCAACCCUGAAGACUGCAAGUUUACAGGGAACAUCUUCUAUAACUACAUGAUGGGCAUUGAGUUCAACCCGCGCAUCGGCAAGUGGUUUGACUUCAAGCUGUUUUUCAAUGGUAGACCCGGUAUUGUUGCCUGGACUUUGAUCAAUCUGUCCUAUAUGGCCAAGCAGCAAGAACUGUAUGGUCACAUCACCAACUCCAUGAUCCUGGUCAACGUGCUGCAGGCCAUUUAUGUUUUAGAUUUUUUCUGGAAUGAAGCUUGGUACUUGAAGACAAUCGAUAUCUGUCACGACCACUUUGGAUGGUAUCUGGGCUGGGGUGACUGCGUCUGGCUGCCGUUCCUUUACACACUGCAGGGUCUGUACCUGGUUUACCAUCCAGUCCAACUCUCUGACACACACGCCCUCACUGUCCUGGUGCUCGGCCUCGUUGGGUACUACAUCUUCCGUGCCACCAACCACCAAAAGGAUCUGUUCCGCCGUACGAAUGGCUCUUGUUCCAUCUGGGGCCGCAAACCGUCCUACAUUGAGUGCUCGUACCGCUCUGCUGACGGCGGCGUGCACCGCAGCAAGCUCCUGACCUCGGGCUUCUGGGGAGUGGCUCGUCAUUUCAACUACACCGGUGACCUGAUGGGUUCUUUAGCGUACUGUGCUGCUUGCGGUUUUGGCCACAUUCUUCCGUACUUCUACAUUGUUUACAUGACCAUCCUGCUAGUCCACCGCUGCGUGCGUGACGAACAUCGCUGCAGCACCAAGUAUGGGAAGGACUGGAAACGUUACACUGAUGCAGUGCCUUACAGGCUCAUCCCUGGAUUGUUUUAAAGUCUGGAAGAGCAAUAAUAAAAGAAAUUCUGAUAGUAAAAGUGA